AAACUGAUAUGCUCCAUUUUACCAGAGCCUUUUAUUGCAUAUAGAAAUAGAUGGCUCUGCUGAUGGCUCAUAUCCGUUUGGUUUCCAGGCUAAAUAACAACAACAUUAAAUGAAAACCAGGCUGUUUUUUUUCUCUCGCUUUUUUCCAAGACGUUCAGAAGCCACAGAUGAUGAGGUAAUGAGGACAGAGAUGUCAUCCCUAGUGGAGCCGAUGACUGUGUCUGGACAGCAUGUCCUCCUGGCAGCCCAGAAACUCAAUAUCCAGCCUGGCCUAGCCGAGCACAGAGAGGAGCUCAUCACUGCAACACAGAAUGUUCUGCUAGGACUGGUCAAAAUACUUUCAGUGGAAGAUGAUGCAAAAGUGAGAAAGACCAUAGCGGCUGCAGACUGGGUGUUGGACUGCCUAUCCUCUCUAUCUUCCUCCCUGGACAUCCUGUCUCUACUGAAGGCCUUCCAUCCGUUCACUGAGGCCCUGGUUCUCCUGAACAACCUGGUAGUGAAGCGGGCUGAAGCCCUGCAGGAUCCUAGGCAGACGGAGCACUUACACAACUCUUUGGACUCCUUGAGGAAAUGCAUCUCUAUGCUUCACACGGCUAUGGUCACCACUAUCAAACACCCAACCAGUGAGCAGGCCCAAGCCUCCAAAACGUACAUUCUGGACAAGGUGAAAAGCAUUGUGAAAGACAUUAUAACUACACUCGAGAGUUAUUGCCGUAGAGGUGGUGUUGCCUUAGGUCCGUGUGGGUACUACAUUGACAGGCGUGAUGGUUUGAUAAGGCUCCUGGCCAGUUCUUCCUCCUCUUCUUCGAUCAGUAACGUUGACAGCCUCUUAAGAGAUCUUGUGUUCCACUGCAUGGUGGUGGCCAACUCCUCACAAAGGGAGCUUCAGCACUGUGUGGUGGAUCAUUGUCGACAUGUCCUACAUCUUUGGUCAGAAAUGUCCAGGCUUGUAAAGCUUCCAGAGAAUCCCGAUGAUGAUAACCUGAACCAGCAUUUACAGAGUAUCUGCUUUUCACUGAUGCAGCAAAUCCAGAAUCUUGACAGUGCUAUGAUGACUGCAGUUCUAUAUCAAGUUCUGGACACGUUUGUUACAGGGUCAAGUCCACUCGAAGAUCUGAUGAAUAUGGUUGGACAAGUCUUGGAGAAUGAUUCAGUUGAAGAGUUGCCGGUAGAUCCAGUUUCUAUCCAUGUAUUGCUCAUGGAUCUUCUCUCACAGGCUGAUAGGAUGAUACAGGUUGCAAGUUUCAUCUCGGCUUUCGCCACGGAUUCUAAGAGUCUAGAAAAUGUGGAGAACUCAAGGGCAUGCCUCACGCGUCUGAAGGCUGAGAUCAAACCUCUCGCACUGGAGUUGGAUAAAGACAGUUCAGACUUAGAGAACUGCUUUGAGGCCGUGCAGAAACUCCACGAUCAGUGUGAGAGAUGGGAAGAGGAGACCGGUCAGCUGCAGGAUGCUCUUUGUGACAUCAUCGAUGUUAGAGAAUUCACUAGCUUGGCAAUUCACGAGAUGGCUAACGACCAGUGUGGAUGCGGCGCGGCGUAUAAAGCCCAGAACCACAAACUGUUCAGAAAGCAUGCUGGUGACCUUAUCUCCCACACAAAACAGGUGGUUCACUCUGUUAGAAGACACGUAGACAAGAGUGACAACCCCAUCUACCGCAAUGGACUCCUAGUUCUGUUGAAACAGGUUGAAGCGUCACAGGCCAAAGUGGUCGGAUCUGUCAGAGACAUGUGCUCUGGUUCCAGUCUUGAUGUGAAUGUAUACUCUGUCUUUUCAGAUCACGCAUUUGUGGUGAUCCAGCACUUUAGAGUGUUAAGAGAAGGGCUGGAUGGACAGCAACAUCCACACCUCCUCAGUCCACUGCGAGAGGAUGCACGCCAGAGCAUAGUCUCAUCCUCAGUCCAAGCAACCAAUCAGGUUCAAGGAUCAGCUAUGGAUCAGGAAAUAAGAGACCUUGGCCUUCAGUUUCCUGUUCUAGAUGUUUCAGAAAGGGAUUCACCAGUUGAAUGUAAAGUUGAGUUCUUAGAAAAAGAAAUUAGAGAGCCUAUGAUGGCAGACAAAGACUUCAAUGAUGAUUUAAAGGGGCCAGCUGUUUCAGGUGAAGCGAAUCCAAUCCCAAAGCCUCUUGAUUUCGACCUUUUGCCCCUCUUGUAUAAGGUUGUGACUGUGACUAAAGAAAAAGAUGUAACAGUCCUCAGCAAAGCCUGUACAGGAGUUCUCAAGCUUUCAAAUUGUUACGCUCAGGCUGCGAAAGAAGCUUCAACUAUUGUUGACGCUGUCGAUAGUCAGACAUUGGAUAUCUUCAGAUCAGAGUUAGUGGCCCUGACGCCUCAGUUAGUCCAGACAGCUCAGGAGACUGCAAUGAGCUUAGCUAUGAGCACGGACAGUCUCUACAAACACAGUACACUGUUCUCUGACCUGAUCAACAACAUCAGGAAAGUCCUCUUACCAGCUGCUGGAACCUGGUACCACGCCGUUUAUUCAAUGUUUCAAGGUCGUCCACGAAACAUGUCAGCCACUGCCAUUUCUCAGGAACUCAGCAAAGUCAUGAGUUGGUGUGCCGAUGUGGUGCAGCUGUUGACGUCGUCUGAUAUAACGCCACCAAGUGACUGUCAGGAGAGCUUUACAGUUUUGUACAGCAAGCUGAACAAAGCCCAUAACAACACAAGAGAGCUGACAGAACUUGCUAGCUCAUCAACAUCAGGUCAGGCAGAUGAACUUGAGGGGCCUUGUAUUCUGUGGGCACUGUCAGUCCAAGUUUUACUGAAUUCUUUGGAUAAGAUUUUAGGAACAAGGGAAACGUUGAUGAGACAGUUGACCCCUCAGAAAAGGUUGGCGGCCAUGUCCGAGAACUCACUGCGAAUCCAAGAGGCAGCGAGACUGACUAGCGUGAAUUGUAAAAGCGCCUACAAAGUGAAAACGUUGACACAACUUCAGGAGGAAUUAAAGACUCUCACUGAGGCAUACUUACAGGUAGCUGAGGACCUCUGCAUUGUAUCUCUCUCAGGCGUCCUCCAGUUUGCCAGGUCAGAAGUUCUACAAAGACAGCUUCUGAUUAAAAUGAGGGUGCUAUCCGGCCACUUGAACAAAGCAAAUAAGGACUAUGUCACCGCAAUUCAAAACAUCGUAAACAUUGCUUAUAAGGCUUCCAAGCACCACAAAGAUAACAAGACAUCCAAGGAGGCCCAAGAAACAUUUGAGACUGCUGCAGAGUUGCUUUUCGAGAACGCCAAAGCUGCUACCAAGAGCGUUGAAGACUGUUUCAACUACAUUCGCAACCCUCGUGCUCGGAUUAACCUGAGGUCCAUCAACGAUCAUCUGUCCUUCCAGAUCUCUGAUAUAGUGAGCCGAGCCAGGCUGGUAGUGGAGACCCACUGUGUCUACGACACUCUCAGUCUGGAGAUCCAGAUACAGUGCUGGUCGGCCAAGGCUCGCUUUUUAGCCGAGGAAAUCUAUAAGGUGGAUGGGCUAAGCCAGGAGGCGAAGGAACACGUCAAGGUUGGUCUGCAGGGUGGAACACCAGGAGAUUCCAAAGAAGGGAUGACUGAGAGCAAUCUUUCUCCUACUCUGAAUAAGCUUGAUUACCAACCAGACAUUGCACCCUGGCAGACAACCAAUCCAGAGAAUUUAAAUACCACAGAACGGAAUUCCAGUAUCUGUGGUGCCAUGCCCAAAUAUGAACCUGCGAUGGCAACAAAACAAUAUGAUGCCCCAAGGUCUGCAUUCUUCAGAGACACUCUAUCCCUGACUUACUACACCCCUUCCCUCACCUACACCACAAUCACCCCAUCUCUUACCUACACCGCCUUGUUCCUCAAACAAGAGACAGACAGGUGGGAUGCUCGGGGCAACCGUAUCGUCCAGGUAACCAGGGAGAUUGCAGACCAGAUCUACCACAUGGCCCAGUACCUGAGGAGGAAAGGGCCCAUACUGAGCAAAGAGAUGUUUGUCAGCACAGCAAAAGGCGUGGUCUCGAAUUGCCAAUACAUCACCCACUUUGUGAAGGUCAUAUCAAACCACUGUCUGGACAAACAGUGUACUGCUGAACUGUCUCUCAGAGUGGAACAGAUUCUCACCAUCACCAACCAACUCACUAUCAUCUCCAGUGUUAAUGCAUUGACCCCAGGAAGCAAGUCUUCAGAUGAGAUCCUUGUGAAGAAUGCCCAGAACCUGCUUCAGAUAGUUCUGCAUGGGGUCAGAGCAGCAGAGACAGCCUGCAUCAAGGGUUUGAGACAGCCGGAGCCCAACUCAGAUGGGGUGGAGGCAGCAGCGCUCUGUUUCCAGUGGAAGAGGAACCUACAAAUGCACCGAGCCCAGCAGAACUGUAACUCAGACACAGAUGAUCUUGGCCUGAGGAGAACCUCCCAGCACAGAGAAUCCCCCAGCCUGGCCCCUCCUAUGCACAUACAGAAGCAGGGAUUCAAGUGAACGUGUCAAACCCCAUUGACUGGACACCAGGAACUACUUGUUGCUACCAUGUAAACAUAUGUCCACGGGACACACAACUUUGGGGAAAUGUAAUGAAAUAAGACUCAGUGUCCAGCACUUUGUUCCUAUGACAAAGGUUUUGUGACCACAUUUCGUAAAAUACUAGAUAUGUUAGCAAGCACAUGAUGUGCAAUGCAUUACACUUCACAGAAAUGCUUGGCUGUAAAGGCUAUUUUGAAAAUACCAAAAAGCUUAAGAUCAAGGAAUGUGAAUUUGAAAUAUUUUGGACAUCAGAGCAAUCUUGAGGGAAUCCUAUUUGUGUCAGAAAAGGAUGUUCAUAUGAUAGGUAAGAUAUACAAAACCUGCAGAGAGCCUAUCCGACUGACAAUCUCGGACAAAAAAAUAUAAUCCAUUGUAACCAAGACUAAAAAAUAACUGAUAUUGGUACAAGAUUGAGGGAAUGUUGGAACAUAACUAACGAAAUUACAGUUAACAAAAAUGUACGCUUAAUCCAGUAUAAACUAAUGUUUUAAAUUUAUUACACGAGACAAAAUUCACAAAUUCUACAGCACAAUGGCAGAGUCAUGUCUUAAGUGUAAAACGAACAAUGACUCAAUAAUUCAUGCCUCCUGGGAAUGCUAUAAAGUCCCAAAGUUAUUGGCAGAGUUAGAAUGUUGUCUGUCAGAAGUAUUACAAUGUAAAUGUACUUUUAAUCUAUCUGUCUGCAUAUUUCAAGACAUGGCAUAUGAGGGUGCAGUGAGAUACCCGAUGGGUUGGACGAGAUUUUUCUCGUCAAUUAUCUUGAAAAAAACGUAUACUUACAAACUGAAAAUCAACCAAUCCUCCAUCGGUAACACAAUGGAAAAGUAAAAUCCUUUAUUAUCUAAAUGUUGAAAGUGGUGGGUGAAGGAGAAACAAAAUGAUGCAGUUUGAGGCCAUGUGGUCUGGCGGAGAGUGUUGCUGGAGAUGGGGGUGUGAGAGGGUGGUUCUAGGCAGGGCUGAUGUUGUGGAUGUUUGUGACUGUAUAUUGUUGUUUGCAUAUGGAUGUUAUGUAUUGACAAAAAAAGAAGGGAAAAAAGAGGAAUAUAAGUAAUGUACAUGUCCUUUGGCUAUACAUAAAUACAUCUCACAACAUAAAGAU